ACACAAUUGUCACUACCGCUUCAGCUACUUCUCGCAGACAGGAUCUCGAUGACAACUGGGCCACUAAUUUUAUAAGAGAGGCGAGAAAACGUGGCGAAGAUUUAAAUAAUAAGGUUAGUGAAGAUCGAAAACGUUAUGAUUUCGAGGAUUAUUGGAACGAUGUAAUUAAUGAGUGUAAAAUAAGACGAGAUAUUUCAGAGCGUAAAGUAGAAAAAGAACGUAUUCUUUAUGAUCUUUCGAAAAUAAAUAAUGAGAUAAAAAUGAAAGAAGAUGAGCUUACCAGAAUUUUGAAUAAACAGAAAAUACACCCCAAAGAUAGUUCAAAUUUAGAUGAAGAUUUGAUUGUGCAAUUGUUCUCUGCAAUUGAAAAAGAUUUGAUUGCUAUACAAUCUUCUAUUCAAAGAAAAGCACCUAAAUUACCCUGGCAACGUAAUCCCCGGAAUAAAGAGAGGAUUAAUUAUAAUAUAGAAUCUUUAUUGAAAAAAUCCAUAUUCGGAAAAGCAGAAAAAGAAAAAGAGUCUGCUCAAGAAGUUGUCCUAUACAUU